UUCCUAACCUUUUUGGUACUUACAAAUAAAUUUGACACAGCAAGCUGUUUAACUCCAUUCUGUUUAUGUUCUGGUCCCUUGGGCAUCGUUCUCCUUGUGUUUACGUUCCUACUCCAGGCCGAUCUAAUGUCCAUCAGUGGCCAUAAAGUGUACGGUCCUCAGGGUAUUGGCGCACUGUACGUGCGUCGUCGUCCUCGAGUCCGCGUGGAGCCCUUGCAGAAUGGUGGUGGACAAGAGCGUGGAUUGCGAUCUGGCACAUUGCCUACGGCACUCACGGUUGGUCUGGGUGCUGCCUGUGCUAUAGCAUUGGAAGAGAUGCAGGCCGACCACGAACAUGUGUCCAGAUUGAGCCAUCGGCUAAUUGAUGGGAUCAUGUCACGAGUGAGCCACGUGGUGUUGAACGGUGAUCCGGUCGCUCGCUAUCCGGGCUGUGUGAACAUGAGCUUCUCCUGUGUGGAAGGCGAAAGUCUGUUAAUGGCAUUAAAGAACGUGGCUCUCUCAUCUGGCAGGUGUACUAUCCAUUUAUUAACAAUGUGUAUGUGA